AUGGGGGUUUAUGCUGAUGAAACCCAGGGAGCGCGGGUGCGAGGCGUCGAGGUACCGCAGGAGGCGAGGGCGGGGGAGGACGUGUCCCUCAGGUGCUUAGUGGACCCCUGGCCGGACCCCCUCUACUCCCUGGCCUGGUGGAAGGAUGGAGAGCAGAUCUACAGGGUGGCUGUGGUCCCAGCUCCGCCCGGGGAUCCACACGCUCUCCCCGUCAGGAAUAUGGUGACCGUGUUCUCCCUGCCUGGGCUGAGCGUGAAGAAAGGGCGUGACGGCCUGGGUCACGUGGUGUUGCAGGAGGUCAGCGUGGCGGCCUCGGGCAAUUACACAUGCGAGGCCGUGGCUGACUUCCCCACGUUCACGCAGAGUUUGGUCAGCGCCAAUCUCACCGUGGUGGACCCUCCGGACACGAGGCCCAUCCUGGCGGGCUACAAGGGCCGCUAUUACCCCGGGGAACUCAUGGCCGUGACAUGCACAGUCCUCAGAGCAUCCCCGGUACCAGUCGUCACGUGGUUCAUCAACAACCGCAAGGUGCAGGCGGGGAAGAACAAGGUGCUCGAGGUGCGUGCGGAACCCGACCUCACCUCCACCCUAGUCACCCGCCUCACGGUGCACCUCAAGCGUGAUCAUUUCCAGCAGGGCGUCCUCAACCUCACGUGUGGCGCCAGGACGGGUCGGUCCUUGUGGUCGAGCAACACCAUUACGACCCACCACGCGCGCCACCGAAACGCCCCGGGGUACUCCACGCACUACCAGGGUCGCGCGGGGGAGUUUGAGUUCGACCUCGGCCAGGAGAGGCUGCUCUCUGCUGCAUCUUCGCCGUGUGUGAGCAGGAGCCCCUGGCAGUUGAGUCUUCUCUUCGCUUCUACAGUUCUACACUUUUUACAGCUGAGGUCCCAAAGAGCCUGGAAUUGAAAUGAACGAAUAAUGUGAAAUAUGACGCGCACAAAAUCUGAAAAUGUCUUCUGUUACGCUUUAAAGGACUGUAUGUCUGGAUACUGUAUUUUUAUUCUGAGAUUUUAGAGCGGCGAUUCGAUUUUUAUUUUGUAAUUUAAAAAAUAGUCUACUCAGAAAUGAUACAUUAUUGUAUAUGAAAGAUAAAUAUGAUGAAUAGCUUCUUGACAAGACAAAACAUUAACAGUUAUGUGACAAAUGCAGAACGAAUAAUGUUAUUGAUUAUAAGCAUAGGCUGAUAGAAGGAUCCAAGAGUAAUAUAUAUUUCUAAUGUAAACGUUUCGAAAUUUUCAUCUUUAGUGUCAAAAGAUUUACAUUAAAGAGAGUCAUGAGGCGGUAAUGAAAGAAAAUAUUCCCAAUUAAACAAUACAUGGGUAACAAAAUUAAUGAAAAUUUGACGAGAAAAUUAGGAAGAUACACAGCACGCAAAAAAAUAACACUUCUGUUAGCUGACUGCAUUGUUGUUUAGAUCGGGUUACAUCUUGAGGAUGUACAGGGAUUCUAAACUGAUAAGGUCGAGUCUAAUAGAUAGCGCUUUUCGAUGCUACGUAUUCACCUGUGUUAGAGGAUUCUUUAAGAUAUGAUAUUAGCAAAUUCAUUACACCUUGCACUGUGACAAUCUUCAUUUCCAUUGAUAUCUUUUCUACGAAGAAAAAUCAUCACUGUUAUAAUGAUCGGCAUACGUUUUGAAUUAUACGAGUAAUCUGAAUAUUUGACUCGAAAAGAUCCAUUGUAGAUAUAAUACUGACGCCAGUAUUGAAAUUAAGCUCAGUAAUGUUAUGUGCGCAAUCAAUCAAAAAGGGAAGAGUUAAGAUAUAACAAGGGAAAAUAGAUAUAUAUCAUGUAUGAAACUAGACAUAGAAUUUAAAAAACUUACAUACAUAUAGAUAACUUUAGAGGAAGAUCAAAAUGUAUCUGAAAUAUACCAAUAAUAUUUGAUAUUUUUUUCAGCACCAAUAACCCUACCGUAUAAUUGUAAACAGAGACUAGGUAACAACAAAAAAAUAUAUUACAGUAAUAUGUACUUGCAUGGGCAUAUUUUAUAGCUUUCGGAGGCUUAUAUCUAAUUACAUGCAGAAGCUUCCACAAAGGCUUCAAAAUGGGUUCCCACAAAAGGUUAUGUCCUUAACUAAUUUGUGGGUGUUUGUACCCAUUUUAUGCGUAAUGGGAAGAUUUUUUGCCAAAUAAAUGUUUUCUUUAUUUAUCCUUGGUGUAUGCAACAUACUGAUGAUAUAUCAUUCAUGGUGGUGCUGGUAUUACAAUGCAUAUGUUUGCUAAAUUAUGUAUAUAAUGUAAUGCCAUGAUAUUCCCACAUCUCACUUGGUAUAAAAUGUAAAGACAACAAAAUCAAACUUCCGUUGAAAAUAGUAAAGA